AUGAGCAAACCCGCUGAGAUUUAUCUUAAAGACUAUACCGCCCCUGAUUUUUUCAUCGACCAAGUCGAUUUGCAUUUUGAUUUAGGCGACGAUCAAACCGAAGCGCAGGCCCGUUUGCAGUUUCGACGUAAUCCAGACCGGCCUGCUACCCAGCCGUUGCGCCUUGAUGGUCAGGAAUUGGAAUUAUUGGAACUACACUUGGACGGCAAAGCACUGAGUGCGGGGCAAUAUCAACUCGACGAUCACUCACUAACCUUAGCUAAUACACCCGAUCAGUUCGAGCUAGACAUCCGCACCCGCAUCUACCCCCAGCGCAAUACCUCGCUGGAAGGUCUGUAUCAAUCCAGCGGUAAUUUCUGUACUCAAUGCGAGGCUGAGGGUUUUCGUAAAAUCACCUAUUUUCUGGAUCGCCCUGAUGUGAUGGCGACCUACACUACGACGCUAGUCGCGGAUAAGAAAAACUACCCGGUCUUGUUAUCUAACGGCAAUCUAACCGACAGCGGCGAGUAUGAUGACGGUCGGCACUGGGCAAGCUGGCAUGAUCCGUUCAAAAAACCGAGUUACUUAUUCGCCUUAGUCGCUGGCAAUCUGAAAUUUAUUGAAGAUUCUUUCACCACACGCUCUGGGCGUGAAGUCACACUGCGGAUUUAUGUCGAGCCACACAAUAUCGAUCAAUGCGAACACGCGAUGCGCUCACUGCAAAAGUCGAUGGCCUGGGAUGAACAGCGUUUCGGGUUGGAAUACGAUUUAGAUAUAUACAUGAUCGUCGCGGUUGGCGAUUUCAACAUGGGCGCGAUGGAAAACAAAGGGCUGAAUGUUUUUAAUACCAAGUAUGUGCUGGCGAAGCCGGAAACGGCUACUGAUGCCGAUUAUCAAAAUAUCGAAGGCGUGAUUGCCCACGAAUACUUCCACAACUGGACAGGUAAUCGAGUUACUUGCCGCGACUGGUUUCAGCUUAGCUUGAAAGAGGGUCUGACUGUAUUCCGCGACCAAGAAUUUUCCGGUGAUAUGGGUUCGCACGGGGUUAAGCGUAUUGACGAUGUGCGCAUUUUGCGCUCGGUGCAGUUCCCCCAAGACGCAGGGCCGAUGGCGCAUCCGGUGCGGCCCGAGGCGUAUAUCGAGAUUAAUAAUUUCUACACCGUCACAAUCUACAACAAGGGUGCAGAAGUCAUCCGCAUGAUGAAUACCCUGUUGAGUCAAGAUGGCUUCCGUCGUGGUAUGGAUUUGUACUUUGAACGUCAUGAUGGCGAAGCCGUCACCUGCGAGGAUUUUGUCAGUGCGAUGGAAGCCGCCAACGGCACGGAUUUCACCAAAUUCCGACGUUGGUAUAACCAAGCGGGUACGCCGGAACUGCAUAUAAAUGGCCACUAUGAUGCUAAUGCCAAGCGCUAUACCCUGACGGUCAAACAAAACUGUCCACCAACACCUGGGCAGGCUAAAAAGCAACCAUUCCAUAUUCCUUUGGCGAUGGGUUUGCUAGAUGCUGAGGGGGAUGAUUUGCCACUACAACUCGCCGGUGAGAACGCGCCUAGUGAUAGCGGCACGCGGAUACUGGAACUAGACGAUGCAGAACAAACCUUUGAGUUCAUCAAUGUGCCUGCCGCGCCUGUACCUUCGCUACUGCGAGGUUUCUCCGCCCCCGUUAAAUUGAAUUACGAUUACAGCGACGCCAACUUACAGUUUCUGCUCGCCCAUGACAGCGAUGACUUCAAUCGCUGGGAAGCGGCCCAACAG